CCUUUCCCUUUGCAAGAAUCUCCUACUUCAAGUCUGCCGUUCUCUGUGAGAUGAACUACCUUUUCAUUUUCCCUCUCUUGGGACUGGCCCUGGGCCAGGGCUCUCCCACAAGCCUGGGUAACCUGGUGGAGACCCUGAAGACAAGUUCCCUCCAGUCCAUCCUAGUAGAUCUGAUUGAUGCUGCGGGACUCACUGAGGCCCUGUCCCAGGGAGGUCCCUUCACUAUUUUUGCUCCUGACAACCACGCCUUUAAUCUACUCGGCAAUGCGACCUUGACCAGCCUGAAGGCCGAUCCCGAAAAAUUGGCCCAGAUCCUGCAGUACCACGUGGUCAGUGGAUUGUACCAUGUGAAACCUGACCUACUUGUCAACGAACUGCAGUUGGACAGUCUGAAGGGGGACAAACUGCGAGUCAAUUACUAUUAUGCCGCAAAUCAUGCACUUACUGUGGAGGGAGCACGUAUCACGUAUCCUGACAAAAUGGCGUCCAACGGAAUAAUUCACCGUAUUGAGAAAGUUCUCAUGCCACCAGUUGGAACCAUUGUGGACGUUUUGACUAAAGAUGGUUCCUUCAAUACUCUUCUUGCCGCUGCUAAUGCGGCUGGUCUUGUUGAGGCAUUAAAAGACGGCCCAAUCACUUUAAUGGCCCCAACUGACGAUGCAUUUAACAGACUUGGUAAUGAAACCGUAGCCAAGCUUCUACAGAAUCCAACGCUUUUGGGAGAUGUUCUGAAAUACCACAUUUUACAUGGAACUCUGUACUCCAGAGGAAUGCAUUCUGGAUCCUUCCACACCCUUGAGGAGACCGACAGACUCAGAAUCUACGAGUCUUUCUUUGGAACGGUAUUGGUUGAUGGACACCGUGUGACUCAGCCCGACAUUAGUGCCACCAACGGCGUCGUUCACAAAGUCAACUAUGUCCUUAUUCCACAUUCCCUAAGUACUCAAAUUAAAAACCUUUAAACUUUA